AUGCCUAAACGCCCUCCUCCUGUACAGGCGAAGGAAGAGUCUCGUUUUUUGACCGUCGUACACCCGUACCCCGCCCACGCGAACAUGGAGCUGGAGGACGCCCGCAAGAACUUCACUUACUGGAUCGCGGCUUGCAUCGGCCAGGAGAACAUCCUGGCGUUCUUUCACAAACCUCUCGUACGUCACACUCUCUCAGAUGUCAGUCUGAUCAACCUCAUUGUUCUCUAG